AUGGCGCCCGUUGACAACACUCCGGCGGGGAAUAUGGGAGGAUUUGAGUUAAUUUGCUCAAUCAAAUCAAACGAUACGAUCCCUGUGCAUAAAUAUAAAUCCCAAAAUACUGGAAUUACUGUUUUCAUUGCGGAUGUUGAUGGUCCACUUGUUUGCGGUUACUUUUGCCUCGCAACGGAGGCAUUUGAUGAUGAUGGACUGCCUCACACUCUGGAGCAUCUCAUAUUCAUAGGGAGUGAAGAAUAUCCCUACAAGGGAGUUUUGGAUUUAUUCGCAAAUCGAUGCCUCGCAUCUGGUACUAAUGCACACACAGAUGUCGACAAUACUGUUUAUUCUUUGGAGACUGCUGGGCCUGAUGGAUUUCUCUGCCUGAUGCCUAUCUAUCUUGAGCACAUACUUUAUCCCAACCUUAAGGAUUCAGCAUAUAUAACAGAAGUACACCACAUCACAGGUGAAGGUGAAGAUGGAGGUAUAGUCUAUUCAGAAAUGCAAGGCAGUAUAAACACCGGAGAGCGUUUAACAUACACGGAACUGUUAAGGGCUUCAUAUCCAGGAAAAUGUGGAUAUAAAUCAAUUACUGGAGGUGACUUGCCCAACUUACGAGAAAGCACUUCUAACGAAAAAGUUAAGGAAUACCAUAAGGAAUUUUAUAGGCCAGAAAACUUGACAAUCGUAAUAACUGGUCAGGUGAAACAUGCUGAUGUUUUUAAAGCCCUUCAGCCAAUCGAAGGAAAGAUCCUGUCCAAGGGUCCAAGAGGUCCAUUUAAACGACCUUGGCAAGAUCCAGUGCCCCCAUUGACAGAAAGCGUCGAUUUAAAUGUAUAUUAUCCAUGCGAUGAUGAAGAUAAUGGUAUCGUGAUUGCCGCUUGGCGAGGUCCUUCUGCUGUUCGUGAAUUUUAUGAACUCAAGGGUUGUACUUUAUUGCUAAAGUACCUAACUGAUACUAGCGUGAGCCCUCUCCAACAAGAGUUUGUCGAAGUGGACGAUCCUUUUGCCAACAAUGUCGGAUACAACCUUUCCGAAAAUUCUGAGGCCCUCUUUUAUCUCGAGUUUGAUAACGUGCCGACUAAAAAGAUUCCUUUGAUUAAAGAUCGUCUGACGAAAAUUCUAAAGGAUAUUGAAUCGAAAAAAAGCAUCGACAUGAAGAGGAUGAAAACUGUUAUUUAUAGGUAUAUCCUCGAGACCCUGAGCAAUAUGGAAAACAACCCCCAUGAUAGUAUUGCGUACACACUUAUUGGGGAUAUUCUUUUCGGAAACUCUAAGGAAGAUUUGGAUCAGAGGUUAAAUCAGAUCGAUAUGCUUAAGAAGUUGAUGGAGGAACCUGCAUCCUACUGGUUAAAUCUUCUGAAUAAAUAUUUCAUCAGUGCCCCGGUAGUGUUCUCGAAAGGUAUUCCGAGCAUAGAAAAGAAAAUCGAGAUGGCUAAAGCGGAAAAGGAACGUAUAGCUAAGCAAAUCGAAAGUUUAGGAAAGGAUGGUCUCGAAAAAAAGGAGAGGGAACUGCACGAAGCUAUAAUGGAAAAUGAGAAGCUGAUCCCAUCGGAUUUAUUAAAAACGGUACCAAUACCAAGUACGGACUCGAUUAACUUUCACCACAUUAAAAGUUUCUCCACUGAUUCGCUGGAUCAACAUCCUAGAUUCGACGUCAACAAAAUACCCCUAUAUACCUACCUGGAUCAUGUCAACACUAAUUUCGUUUACAUGUUUGUAACAAUGGAUACGUUGAGUGUUCCCGAGAAUUUGAGGCCCUACCUUCCUCUUUUGCUUGAAUCUAUUCUGGCCUGUCCAGUUAAUCGAGAUGGUAAACUAAUUCAGUAUGAAGAAAUUGUGGCUGAAUUAGAAUGCGACACUGUCGCAGUUGCAACUGGAUUAGGAUUUGAGAAUAGCUUUAGAUUUUCAUGCGGUGUUUACAGUCAUGCUGCUAAUUUAUUGCUCCAGGUUGAGCUCUCCAAGUACACAAAAGGAGUGCAGUGGAUUAAAGAGUUGCUUUAUAAGACGGAAUUUCCGCCAGAAAGAUUGAAAAUCAUCGCAGCCAAGAUUAUCAACGAUGUGGCACAGAUGAGAAGAAAGGGAUACAAAAUAACUGGUGAUCUUUUGAGAGGAUUAUUUUACAAAAAAGAAAGUAAUCACUACACUUCGAGUUUGCUUCGACAGCAGAAGUUCCUUACUCAAAUGAUGGAGCGAAUGAACACAGUCCAGGGACAGAAAGAAGUUGUAGCUGAAAUCAACGACUUGAGGAAGAUUCUAACUUCGACGAAUUCGAUGGCUCUUUACAUGGCAGUUAAUGUUGAUAAAUUAGUGGCUCAGAAUCCAGAUGUAUACAGUCCCUGGAAGCAAUGUUUUUCUGAUAUUGAAAGUUCGAGUAAAUCAAAGCUGCAUAUUAUUCCUGAUAAUGCACUGAUAAAAGCAGAAGAGGAGAUUGCAUUGAAUGGUUGCGUCACAGGUUUGGGAUGCAUCGAAUCUGCUUACAUGGUUCAGUGUUCUAAUGUACAUAUCAAGGACUAUUUGCACCAGGAUUUGGCACCGUUGCUUGUGUACCUUCAGUACCUCACACAAACAGAGGGUCCUAUGUGGAAGCAAAUUCGAGGACAAGGACUAUCCUACGGAUAUAAUAUGUAUGUGAUGCCGAAUGAAGGUCUUCUCUACUUGUCAUUGUACAAAGCAACGAAUGUAGUUGGUGCCUACAAAGAAGCCAGAGCGAUCAUAGAAUUGCACCUCUCUGAAAACAAAUGGGAUUCAACUUUGUUCGAUUCUGCGAAAUCGUCGCUAAUCUUCGAAAUUAUUAAUAGAGAAAAGACCGUAGGCGAUAUGGUAACUCAGUCUUUGUUGGCUUACUACAGAAACGUCCCCCACGAUUACAAUCGCCAAAUGGUUAAAAAUAUUUCUGCUGUCACACUCGAAGAUAUUCAUCGUGUGGCUCCCAAAUAUAUUAAGCAGCUACUGGACCCUAAGUCCUGCAUAACUUCAGUUGUCUGUCAUCCUGGAAAGGCGUCUGAAGUUGCCGAUGCUUUCACGGAAUAUGGUCAUGAUUUGAAAGUUUACAACUCUUUGGAAGAAACUUACCUGAGCGAAUGGUGAAAAUCCCCAGAAGGCAAGCGAUUCUGGGUUUCGUGAGAACCGUACUUUUAAGGUGCUUCUGUUUUUUGAUUGCAUAAAAUGCAAAAAGAAGGCAACAUUCUCGAAUUUUCAGUAAUGCUUUUAAUUGAGGGAAUAUUUAUUCCACUUGUGAUUUGCGCGUGAUUUAUUGUGCUGCUGUUAUCUGUUUUUAUACGAACUGACUACCGUUACGGAAAAUUCCGUAAUACUAGCCCCAGCGCUAUACUUGACCAAUUAAUUUUACGAAAAAUUCCGUAACACUAUUCAGUGUCGUUUUUAUAUUAUGAAGAUGUGAGGUGAGUGCUACAACGAAAUGAAUUAUUGCAUUUAGCAGAAAGUAUAAUCCGCAAAUAUUUUUUUCUACCAUUAUUCAAAGGGUAGACGCGCACAGUUUAAAAUAUUGUAAAAUUAAUAAGCCAUAAUCGAGAUAAUAAUUAUAAUUCUAUGUUUCAGAAUUGUUACACUUCAUUUUUAUGGUUCAAUGUUAAAUAUCGCAGCUUUUCAGCGGUAAGAAUUUGCAAUAAUGGAAGACUGAAGUAAUUUAAUAACAUGUUUCGUCCAACGUUGAUAUCUUUUGUGUUAUUCAUCCUUUUGUAACUAAUCCGUAUCAAUAAAAUUUUGCACUUAUCUAAAAAA